AGUUCGUGGGUCAGGGAUCAGCGGUUUCUUUAGAAUGUUUAUCAUUACAGUUCAUUCAUGCGCGAUAUUUAAAAAAAUAAAUAAAUAAACAAUUUGUCUGAUUUAUACAUCUGACUAUUUUUCUGCUACACUUUGUUUUCAUUAUCAAAUUAAACCUGAAAACAGCAAAGCGAUAACUUGUUAGCUAUCAAGUACUUAUUUUUAGUUUUCUGAUCAAGUGGUGUUUCCUGAAUAGUUUCCCUGGCUGGAGAAAGUAUACAUCAUAUAAUACAACAAUGCAGGAAUUAAUCGCAAUUGUCGAUCACCUCAAGUUUGAUCUAGAAAUAGCUGUAGAACAGCAAUUGGGUGCUCAACCACUGCCAUUUCCAGGAAUGGAUAAAUCCGGCGCUGCUGUGUGCGGGUUCUUCAUGCGAGCUGCCUGUAUGAAAGGUGGAAUGUGUCCAUUCAGACACAUAAGUGGAGAAAAGACUGUGGUUUGCAAGCACUGGCUUAGAGGUUUAUGCAAGAAAGGAGACCAAUGCGAGUUUUUACACGAGUAUGAUAUGACGAAGAUGCCUGAAUGUUAUUUCUACUCCAAAUUUGGAGAGUGCAGUAACAAAGAGUGUCCGUUCUUGCACAUUGACCCAGAAUCUAAGAUUAAAGAUUGCCCAUGGUAUGAUAGGGGAUUUUGUAAGCACGGUCCGGAUUGCAGGCACAGACACACAAGAAGAGUCAUUUGUGUUAAUUACCUUGUCGGCUUCUGUCCAGAGGGCAAGUCAUGCAAAUUCAUGCACCCAAGAUUUGAACUUCCUAUGGGUGCGACUGAACAGCCACCACUGCCUCAGCAAGCACAGUCUCAGCAAAAGCAGCAAAACAUGCAGCCCAUAAACAGGUCAUCACAGUCACUCAUUCAGUUAACCAACCCCAAUGUAUACAACAACAUGAGAAUUCCAAAUGCUGUUGGAAUAGUGCAUCCUCAUAGCAACAUGGGUGGACCUCGUGGUCCUCGUCCACUGGACCAAGUUACAUGUUACAAGUGUGGCGAGAAGGGCCAUUAUGCCAAUAAAUGCACAAAAGGACAUCUGGCUUUCCUGAGUGGACAGUAAUGGUUUUCUACAAGAAAGGAUCUCAAAAUUGUGGCUGCACUUGCAGAUUAAGACACGUGAUUCCUGGUACAUUAACCUUACACUGCAAAGGUUAUAGUUGACCGACGAACAUGUGGCUCUGCCUCACUGUCCCAUGUGCCAAGCACUAUCGUGGGCGAGUGUGCAUCACAGCCAGUAUGUUUUCAACAGGUAGAAUGAAUGGCCAGCAACACCUUUUUUUUUUUUUUAUACAUUUUCAUUCCGAUGAAACCUUGCCUACCUCACUUUCAUACUUCGAAAUGUGAGUCUUUUCUAAUGAAGCUACAAGGUGUUGAUCACUGAAACUUAAAGCACUGCUUAGUUUAGAGGAAAAUAUAUUAAGCAUUCUUUAGAGAGAACAUUGGUGCUAAAUGCAAUAUUGUUCAAAUGAGAUGCAAAGUUAUAUCGGGAAUUGAAGAGGCAGUCGGGGCAUCACUUGGUAGUCAAUCAAGAUGCUUGUUGAUAUAAAAAAGGUUUUGGAUUAGGGAUGUUGUACCUCUUAUUACAAUAAAGAUUAA